UUCAGCAUCACGUCUGGAAGUUCGGAAUCAGAUACACAACAAAGUAACAAAAUAUCGAAAGAGUCCUUGGAAACUGGACGGAUGGUGUUUACUUUGGCACAACUCAAGUCCUUAGAGAUUUGCCUGAAGGAAGCAGAAGAAAAGGCUAAAGCCUUAUCUGAACAGCUUGCAGCCUCUGAAGGAACAAAAUCAAAACUGAUUGAGCAAGUUUCCUGGCUGGAGAAGAAACUAGCGGCUCUGGACCACAAGGAAGACAGAGGGGAACCAUAUGAAAAAAUGGUUCUUGCAAAAGACCAGUGCAUUGAGAAAUUACAAGCUGAAGUGAAAGCGUCCCAGGAGCAACUUAUAGCGCAGAAACUAAAGCACAAAAGGAAACUGAAAAAGCUACAAACUGAUUUGGCAACAGCUAAGCAAGAGGCUGCCAUCACAGUCCUGGAACUCAAUGAGAAGAUAAAGGCUCUAUGUGAGGGAAAGCCAGCCCCUAGAGAAGGCAACACACUGGAAGAGUCCUGUGGCAGUCUGCCUCCUGUGGAAGAAGGUGAUCGAAAAAUUAGCCUGAUUAUGGAGUUGUCAACACAGCUUUCCUUUCAGACUGAGAAGAUCACUCAGCUGGAAGAAGUUUUAGAGGAAAAGGAAAGGAAGAUUCAGCAGCUGGAAGCUCAGCAGGGACCCCAUCCUUUCCAAAAGGUCGAGGACUCUCCAGAAUGUUUACAAGAAACCUCAAUUUUCUAUAAUAAUAGCAUCAUUCCUGUGGUCUCUAAUGAGGAUAUGUAAAGAUUCUCAGUAAGAAAAUAAUAAAAGUUUAUUGUGUCAUCAA